AUGGUAGGUUCAGAAAGGACUCCUAAUGGGUUGCCCCAUACUACUGCUGAGAACGCCCCCCACUGCACAGUUAGCGGUGCACACGCCUUCAUACUCAGGAUCUCGAGUGUGUUUGGAUUGGCGCCAUUAAGAUUUGAAGCUAAAGGCGAAGGGUUCAUCGUUCGAGUCUCGGGUGGCAUGUGUCUUUACAGCUACCUGCUCGUCACCACGCUUGUCGUGUGUACGGUAUGUGGACUUCGCGCGGAAGUUGCUGCAGGUGUCACUAUGUCCGUUCGUAUGUCGUCUCGAGUGGCGCAGUUCGUCUCUGCCUGUGACGUACUAGCUGUGACGCUGACAGCCGGUGCUGGUAUAUACCAGGCACCAGCCCGCAUGAGAGCGAUGAUCUCCUUCAUGGAAACCGUUGCUGCUGUGGACGAAAGCAUUGGGGCAGAGUAUUCACGUUCUAGAGAACGAUGGCUAAGUUUUGCACUUCUGGCUAUUCUCAUCUUUUUUACUAUUCUCGUGGCAGAUGACUUCUGCUUUUACGCUUUGCAAGCUAGGAAGAUCGAUAGAGAGUGGGACGUGGUUACCAACUACGUGGGGUUCUACUUGCUGUGGUACGUGGUUAUUGUGCUUGAACUCCAAUUUGCCUUCACUGCGCUGUCUGUUCGAGCGCGCUUCAGGGCUCUGAACGAUGCACUGGCUGUAACAGCUCGGCAUGUUUCGCAUCCCGAAAACUUCUUCCCUGUAGAAAAAGUGCCAGAGCGUUCGCCAUUGAACGUGUUUGCUAUCCGCAUGUCAACUGACUCUCCGAGGCGGCAGAAUAUCAGUCUUCUUGUUGACUCGCUGCCCACUUCAGUUGAUAGACAGGAAUCUAUUAUACAUAGAGAAAACGGAUGUAUGCGUCUAGCUGUGCCAGCAGGGGAGGCGGUGAGGCGGUUGGCUGCUUUACAAGGAGCGUUAUGUGAGGUCUUACGUCGUGUGGAAUCUGGUUAUGGAGUUCCACUGGCUCUACUUCUACUCUCCGCAUUGAUGCAUCUUAUUGUCACGCCCUAUUUCUUCAUUAUGGAAAUAAGACUGUUAGUUAUUGCAAAAGACUUCCAGGGUAAAAGAACUGAGCAGCUGGUAUGCCGGCUUCUGCGAGCAGCGCCUGCCGGUUCAGGAACCUUGUCUUCGCGUCUCGAAAUGUUCUCGCGCCAGCUUCUAUUACAAUCUGUGUGCUAUUCGCCAAUGGGCCUUUGCACACUUGGACGACCGCUCGUGGCUACUGUAAGACUUUUUCCAAUCAAUGCUAGACUAGAAUAA